CACGACCCGUAUCAUGGACCGCGGGCGGGACGUCAUCGAGCGUCGUGACGGCCGUCGCCAACGUCAAGGUACCGGGCACGACCUCGAGCGACUCGGCUAUGGAAGAGGCCGGCUGCGGCUGCCAAAAGCUCACCAAGAAGCAACGCAUGAUCGGCUUUGGCAUCUGCUUCGGCCUUGGCUACGUCAUUAGCUUCAUCUCGACCUUUGCGCUGCUUGCUGGGUCGCGCAACGGUGCCAAGUUUGGCAUUCUCUACUCGCUCGGCAACAUCAUUGCGCUCUGCGGGUCAGGCUUUCUCGUCGGACCGGCGCAGCAAGUCAAGCUCAUGAUGAAGCCCGUUCGGCGCAUUGCCGCCGCGAUCUACGUCAGCAUGAUCGUGCUUGUCCUCGUGCUCGCCAUUCUGGCACCGCACCUCGGGCUGCUUAUUCUGAUCUUGGUGAUGAUCCAGUUUGGCGCCGCUGUGUGGUACUCGGCGAGCUACAUUCCGUACGGCCGCAAGAUGAUCACGUCGCUGGGCUCGAAGUGCAUGAAGUCGAUGGCGUAGACUUGCCUCACAAAUACACGCUCCGAAUUACGCUGCAUAUAAUGAUGUCCCUUCCA